GAUGUCACGAAAUAUAAACUCCCUAGCCCCGAACAAACAGUUCGCAACCAAGAUAAGUCAAAGGACUGUCUAAAGCAACACAGUGCGAUUCAGCAUUCUGUCGAUGAUACAAACAACAUGAAUACGAACAUGGAUAAACAACAGUUGAAUAGAGAAACAUGUGGCGAUACUAGUAAGUGUUCGAAUUCAGGUGGAAACGCAUGCAGCAAAUCUCACGGCAAAAUUAUAGGGUCUGUAAACGAAACCAAUGAUGCGAAAAUGAAAUGUGAAACAACGGACGAAUUUCUGAACAGUACAACAGCAGGCAAAAACGUUAUAACGUCUAAAGUGGUGGAUAUGGCUCUUCAAAGGAAAGAAACUGAGAGACGUGCAGAUGAGUUUACUUUUAAAAUAAGUUCAACAGAAGACAACUACGUUCAAAACAUAUACAAAUCGAAAGCUCGUCAAGGUAUGUACUCAAAACAUGACCACCCGUUAAGCGACAGUCGUCUGAAAAAAUAUUCUUCUUCAACAAAUGCAUGUACGAAACACUCCAGAAGCCGUUCUCACGACAGCUCUCUGUCACUUGAUAGCAGCACAGAGUCAGUAAACAAAGAAUACGGACGUGAUUUUAUUUCCAGACACAGACGCCGUAUGGCGAGAUUAAAACGUUUGUUUUUCGAGUCGCACACAUCUCCGAAGCCACUACCUGUUCCAAUUCACAAUAUUUGUCAACAAUCGCCCGCAUCUGAAUCGGUUCCGACUGAAACGGAUGAACAGACAUUCGAAAAUAAAAUGAACACGUCUGGAAGCACCAAAGAAUUGGUGUCCGCGAUGGAAAAUAUCCAUGAAACACAACUCACAUCAAAAGUCGGAUACGAUUUAGAAACAAUUGAAGGACACGAUCUAGAAACGCUUGAAAAAGCAGCACAGGAACACAAUCUGGAUACACAAAAUGCAACGCCAUGCCGUUUGGAGGAGAGGACACUAAACACGAAACCGUGUCCUUUGGAGGAGAGGAGGCGACAUCGCUCGGCCGGGGAUGCCGUAGAACCAACGCGUUCGAGUUCUUUGAUCUGGGCGUCACCAGCUUGGGCUACAUCAAGCGAGGAGUUCUCCGUGGUCAUCGCCAUUGAUUUCGGCACCACGUACAGCGGAUACGCGUACAGUUUUGUUCAUGAACCAGACAUCAUUCACUUGAUGCGGCGACAUGAAAGCGGCGAGCCGGGCCUGUUCGACCAGAAGAUCCCGACCACUAUCCUACUCACACCCGAGGGUCAGUUUCACUCGUUUGGUUAUGCCGCCAGGGAACACUACUAUGACAUUGACCCUAAGGACUCACUUAAAUGGAUGUACUUUGAUCGGUUUAAAAUGCUCCUUCACCAGUCAGGGGAGCUUCGCCAAGACGCGAUGCUCCGAACUUCUACCGGUAAAGAAGCAUCCGCUAUGAAAAUAUUUGCAUACAGUCUGGCCUAUUUUAAAGACCUAGCUAUUCAGGAGAUAAUGGACCAAUCGCUGAUGCGCAUUACUUCUGACGUCAUUAGAUGGGUCAUAACCGUUCCAGCCAUUUGGAAAGCCUCGGCGAAACAGUUUAUGCGACAGGCAGCUUACGAGGCGGGAAUUGUCACCAGAGAUUCUCCCGACCGUCUGCUGAUAUCUCUGGAACCGGAAGCAGCAUCCAUUUACUGUAGACGCCUGCGGAUAUUUCAAAUGUUAUCAGCAGAUGAAACCUACCGGAAGUUGGGUGAGACGAUCAACGCGUCUCGCGCGUCUUCUCGCAGUCUGCCGGAACUUAGCAGCACUGAGAUAUGUAUGGUGCCAAACGACCUUGAGCAAGGUACCCGAUACAUGGUGGUGGACUGUGGAGGGGGAACAGUAGACAUCACGGUUCACGAGAUUGUUGCUGGCGGGAAAUUAAAAGAACUCCACCGGGCCACUGGCGGGGCGCACGGAUCGGUUGGUGUAGACGAAGAAUUCGAAACGCUAUUGGGGGCUAUUUUUGGACCGGACCUGCUCCUACAAUUCAAGCGAAAGAAGCCUACUGUCUGGGUGGAGCUGAUGGCUAUUUUCGAGUCUCGGAAACGAACGGCGAGUCCGUACAGAUCAUCCAGUAUAUCCGUGACUCUACCGUACGCGUUCAUCGAUUUCGUCAAAAAGUGCAGAGGAUGCUCUGUCGAAACGGCCAUACGUAAAUAUGGAGAUCUGGACAUAACGGUAACGGCAAACGGGACGUUGCGACUCUCGCCCAUUGUAAUGCGGCGACUGUUUCUCCCUACAGUGGACCGUAUCAAACAAGCGAUUGGCGACGUGCUCAAUAAUCGUCGGUUAUCAGACGUCACCUACAUGUUCCUAGCCGGUGGGUUCGCGGAGUCAUCCAUUAUACAGCAUGAGAUGCGCAAGGAUUUCGGGGCGCUGAUGAAGAUUAUCAUUCCACCGGGCGUCGCUAUGGCGGUGUUAAAAGGUGCCGUUUGUUUCGGCAUGGAUCCGCACAUUGUGAAUUCUCGUUGCUCUUGCUUGACCUACGGAGUUGGCGUCCUUCACCGCUUCAACGAGAAAAUACACCCGGAGGAGAAACGUGUAACCAAGGACAACGUCCACUGGUGCACCGACGUGUUUGACACCUUUGUUAAGGUCAACCAAUCCGUUGAACUCGGUGAAUGCAUCGUUAGGCGGUAUACACCUGUACGAAGAACGCAGACUGCGACCACGAUAAAUAUUUACUGCACCGAUCAGCCUCAUGUGGGUUUCAUCACGGAAGAAGGCGUCCGCAUGUGUGGAACUUUGACUCUGAGGUUAGGCGAUGAUGUCCCAGAUGGCCAAAGAAGAGAAUUACGAACUGAAAUGAUGUUUGGAGACACGGAAAUAAGAGUGAGGGCAACUGAUGUAUUAGAUGGCCGUAGUGUGGAGGCCAUUGUGGAUUUCAUUAAUUACUAGACAGACAAAACGUGUAUAUUACUUCCGACUACAACAAUUAUUCAUUUAGGCCGUUCCGUCAAAACCUAUUCUGAGAAGGAGACUAUUUCUAUCGGGCAAGGCACGUCAGAACAGCUGGGGUAUGCCUGAAUGUUUCUAUUUUAUUUUCUCCCUCUUAACUUUAAAAUGUGUUGGCAGCGUGUGAACAUUGUUUUUUGUAUAACCUGUUAAGUCGCACCGGUUGAUACUGUCAAAUAACACAAAGAACUGAUAUAAUAUUUAUUUAUGUCAUAUACAUUACACAGCGCAUUUCGAUCAAAAUGAUAUAUUAUUAUACUAAGUUUGAAGAUAAGAAAUGUGCAUUAAUUAAUUAAAAUAAGAAAAUACAAUAGAUUAUCAGACCUGUGUUUAACGUUGUUUAUAUAUACUCUUGAUGCCUUGAUGGUGUCUGAAUUGAUACAAAUUAUAUGUUACUAUUGAAAAUUAAGUUAAUAUGAUAUUGACCGAGUUAUAACAUUGCCAACGCAAAGAUUUGUAUUGUUUAGCAAUUUAUCUGCAGCGAUGAAAAUCUUAUGGAACUCACAGCAGUUUACUAUGUUUUCAAAGUUCGCCACACAUGUAUGCAUGUUCUUAUCAAUAUUAAAUACUUCCAUAUAACUAGUUUAUUGGUGGGAAACAAAUCUUAUUUACCAUUUUAAAUUCACUGUUAGGAUUUUCGCCUUUGAUACGUUUGUAAUAGCUGUGUUUCGAAAUAUUUAAUAUUGAAUAGUAUAACAUCUAUGUUGAUGUUUGCAUGUUUAUUGUACGAAUAAACCCCACAUUGGAUGCAACAUUAUUGGAUGCUAGCAUCGGUUAAACGACCAAUAAAGCAUCUUUGUAAAAAUAUGUGUCUUUAUUACAAUUGGACCGUAUUGUACACAUGGAUCAAAUUGAAGAAAAAAAUGAAAUCAAUGGAAAGAACAUUGUUGCAGCUUGCCUUGUCUGCUGUUAAGCAGUAUACAAAUAAAUAAAAGUGUCGCUUUACUGGAUUUCAAUUUAACACGUAGUACAUUGUCAGAUAUGGGCGUGUUGGCGUGUCACGCACAUGUCAUAUGAGCCUAAUAAACAACGAGAAAGA